AUGUGCCUAGCGGGGGGCACUCGAGCCCUCCUGCUCCUGGCGCUCGUGCUGUGCCAGCGUGCUGGCUGCGUCGAUGGCAAGAAUGACAACUACCAGAUGAGCGACAUCUGCAAGAAAUACUUCCUGCGGGAUCUCUACAGGAAGAUAGACGGCGCCGUUCUUACCUCACAAAAUGAGAGGGAUCUCGAUUGCGCCAUUACUUUUCAGACUCACAGCAUCCUCCAGCGGUUUAUGCUCCGUUUUGAUCAGUUGCAGUUAGACUGCAAUGACCAUCUCUACAUCUACGAUGGUGCGCACGCGGUCGGCAGUUACAAGGCAGAUCUAUCCUGCAGAAACACGAAGCAGACCGUGGGCGCGAUUUACACGCGUACAAACUUCGUGACGUUGAAAUACGUCACCGACGGCUGGGGCACCAGCUCGAAUGGCUUCCGCCUCGUCAUCACAGCCGUCAAGGAUCCGAAGCACACCUGCAAAGACUUUCGAUGCACUCAGAAUGAAUUUUGCAUCGAGACGGAUCUUCUUUGUGACGGCGUGAAUCACUGCGGCGACGGAUCUGAUGAGGCCACUUCCACCCUUUGUGCCAAUUCCGAGGCGUCGACGAUCCUAGGCAUGCAGACUACUUGGUUCGCCAUCGCCCUUGUUUUUCUGAUACUCAGCAUGGGCGGCCUGGUAACGGCGGCAGUUCUCUGCUUUUGCAGGCAGCGUGUUCCUACCCCGAGGCAUCCCCAUAACGCGCACAAUGCUCAGUCUCAUCCCCCAGUCAGCUUCCCAUGGAUUCCAAGCUCGUCGAGGCUCGUCCAGUACGUGCCGCUCUUUUAUCAUGGAGUUUCGCCCGUAUCGAUCGACCAGUCGUUGCAACAACCAGUUCCCACUAGACAGUCGCUUGGAAUCAUUCGCAGACGUACCUUCGCACGAUAUCACGGUCAAGGUGGAGCUUUCGACGGAUCUAAGAUGACAACUACCAACCAGGCUGGUUGUUCACCAACCUGGAGGAUUUGCACAAUUCUUCUGUUAGUCUGCAAGUUUGCGGCCGCGAAUAUACAGACCUUCGUCGUGAGCAAUACCGUAGAUGAUCAAAUCGGUAAAGAUUUCUUCGUGGGACCCUGUCUAGUUAACACUAAUCAGACGUGUCCCGAUGAAGAAGUGACGUUCUUUCUCUUUACCAAACACAAUCCAGAAGAGGGACAACAAUUGUUUGUGAACGAUACCAGUUCAAAUCUUGCCGAUACUAAUUUCAUAGCGACGUUGCCCACGAAGAUCAUUGUUCAUGGUUACAAUUCGGAUAUGCAGCUAAGUUACUUGGUGGAUGUUAAGAACGAGUAUUUAAAGAGGGCCAGUUACAAUGUUAUAGCGAUCGAUUGGCACCGUUUGGCGAUAGCACCUUGUUACCCCAUAGCCGUCCAUAACGUGCCUCACGUGGGCGACUGUCUGGCACAGCUGGUUGACCGUCUAAGAGACUACGGUGCCAAGGACAUUCACGUAAUCGGCUUCAGUUUGGGCGCCCAUGUUCCAGCUUUCGCGGCCAACGUACUACGACCAUACAAACUUACGAGAAUCACUGGUCUCGAUCCGGCAAUGCCGCUUUUCAUUACCGUCAAUAAGGACGAGAAACUCGAUUCGAGCGAUGCUGAAUUCGUCGACGUGUUACACACGAAUGCCUUUAUUCAGGGUAAAAUCGAACCAAGUGGUCAUAUUGACUUUUACAUGAAUGGUGGAGUCAAUCAACCUGGUUGCUGGGAACAUGGAAAUCCCUUCGGAUGCAACCACCACAGGGCGACGGAGUACUUUAGCGAAUCGAUCAACUCGAAAGUCGGUUUUUGGGGCUGGCCAUGUCCCGGUUUUGUAGCUUAUCUUCUGGGUCUCUGUCCGCCCAGAUUUCCCGCGGUACUGAUGGGUGAGGAUGUCAAUAGGAAGUAUCAGGGUUUUUAUCUGGUAAAGACGAAGGCGCAUAGUCCAUACGCGGAAGGAAUGUUCACGGUGGAGGAUUUUUAUCAGCAGAAUCUUUAUCAGUGAUUACGACAGUAACUCAUUUGAACAUUUUUUUCUCAAGGUAGAGGAAGACUACAUUACGAAGAUAGACUAUAUAAUUUGAUGAAACGUAAAAAUAUGGAUAUCUUACUGCAAAAACGAAAAAGAAUCUUUCUGUUAAC